GCAAGGAUACACACUCGCAAAAAACAUGGUUGGGGCCGCCCCACGGUUCCUCUCUCUCCUCACCACAGCUCCCUCCCCUCUCCUCCGCCACCGCCGCCACCUCCUCCUCCUCUCCGCAAACUUCCGCCGCCUCUCCACUCCCUUUUCAACUUUUGCACCCUCUCCUCUGAAACUCAAACCCUCCCAGCACCAUCACCAUCCACAACCACAACAGCAGCACCAGCAGCAGCAACGCUUUCAAACCGUAGCAGCUUUCUCUCCUUCUUCCGACACCUUUCCUUCCUCAGUUUCACACCCAUGGCCCGAGUGGUCCCGCUUCCUCUCCCACCUCACCUCCGCCGGGUACCUCCACCGCACGCCCCCUGACCUCGGAACCUUCGCGCCGCCCCCUGAGUUGUCGCGCCAAUUCGUUGCCGAGGCUGCCGCUUGCUACGCCUUCGCCGCCGAUAGACCCAACCUCUUGCGGUUGCUUUCGAAGAGAGACAUCGGGGUUGUGGCUGAAAAUGGUGUCCCCUUUCUGUUCCGAGAUGCAAAGGAAUCCAUCGCAAAGAUGAAAGCUUUCGUGUCAACCAAUGAUGCCGCCGUAUUGGACACUGACAGAGCAACAACGGUUGAUCUAAUGAAGUUUAUGCUUAGUUAUGCAAGUAACCCAUUGGUUACAUCUGAAAGCAAUAAUCUAUCUAACAGAGAUAUUGUUGAAUCAUCAGUGAGAAAUCUGUUUGGUGAACUUUACAAGCUGAGUUACAGUGCACCUGGGCCCAACUCUUCUGAUUCGAUGCAAAAUCAAAUAUCUAGUGGAUAUGGACAGACAAUGCCUCCUGGUCGAAACAUUGAAAUGAAAAGGGGUGAUUGGAUUUGCCCAAGGUGUAAUUUCAUGAAUUUCGCAAGAAAUGUUAAAUGCCGCGAGUGUGAGGAAGCAAGGCCAAAAAGACAAUUGACAGGAGGAGAAUGGGAAUGUCCUCAGUGCGAUUUCUAUAAUUAUGGGAGGAAUAUGACUUGCUUAAGGUGUGAUUGCAAGCGACCGGGACAGAUAUCUUUGGGUCCUGCCAAUACCCUGUCAAAUAUGGGGUAUGGAAAUGGAGACAAUACUAAUACUUCAGAGAUUGAUAGCAGACUAGCUGCUAAUGAAGAGAAAGCACGGCGUUGGUUUAGUAAGGUUUCUCAACUAGAUAGCAGUGCGGAUAUUAACAGCUUGAUUGGGGAUGAAGAUUUUCCCGAGAUAAUGCCAUUAAGGAAAGGAGUAAAUAGAUUUGUUGUGAGCACAAGGAAAACUCCGUUGGAGAGGAGAUUGGCUGACGCUCGAUACAGGAGAAACUUGGACAAUAAUGGCAUUCCCGGGGUUGAGGAUUUUAAAUCUGUGGAAUCAACCAGGAUAAAUGAUCCUCGAUUGUCUUCAGAUCUGGCUGCCCAAAAAAUUGAGAACAUGACAACAGAAAAGAGCGAAACUGAUGCUCAGUAUGCAGGUACUAGUACAGGUAACAAUUCACAACUUUAUAAUAAUUCUACAAACCAAAAUGGCAUCAUAGAUAAGGAGAAAGGGCAAGCUGAAAAAUCUGAGCGGUGGUUUAGAAAGGUUGCUGAGUUGCAUGAUAUUUCAGAUUCAUCAAGCAGGGUAUCUGAUGAGAACUUCCCUGAAGUAAUGCCUAUGCGCACAGGAGAAAACCGAUUUGUUGUUAGCAAGAAAAAGGAUCGAUCUUUGACUUCACCUGCAUACAAGAGACAAUUGGCCAUGGAACAAUCUGGCAACAAUACCAACUUUGUCCCCUUUGUUCCCUUCCCUCCAGAUUACUUUGCCAAAAAGGAGAAGCAACCGGAAAAUGGAGUAGAUUCAGUAGAUAUUUCUUCGAAUGCUGAAUCAUCUUCAAUAUCUGAGGCGGCAGAGAAUCCUCCAAAGAUGCCAGAUGAUGCUAGAGCUAGAGCUGAGUUACGAGGUGCAAACUAUUCCCCAGGUAUGACCAAUGCUGAAACAAUGUCUGGGGUUCCAGAGAUGUUAGAUAAUGCUACACUUGGCCGGGAAAGAAAAGAAAAUGUCAGAGAGAUUAGAAGACAAGAUGAAAACAUGAAGAACAGUAGUCUGGAACCUUCCGGACAGCACUCGACUAAAAAUGAUAUUGGUUCCAUUUCUGGGGCAUUAACUAGUGGAAAUUCCAGUUUCAAUCAAGAGAAUUUCGGGAACAAGAAUAGCAAUCAAGAGCCAAAUUUGACAGGCAGUUUGGAAAACCAGAAUAACAGAACACAGUGGACAGGAAAGAGUUUGGAGGGGUCAGCUGUCAAGGAACCAGAUCCUUUGGACAUGUCAGAGGAGGCAAAGGCAGAGAGGUGGUUCCGUCGUGUUGCACAGAUCAAGGAUAUCUCUGAGCUCAGUCAGAUUCCAGAUGAAGAUUUUCCUUCGAUAAUGCCUAUGCGUAAAGGCGUGAAUAGAUUCGUUGUGAGCAAGAGGAAAACGCCGUUGGAAAGGAGGUUGACAUCUCAGCAGUACCGAAGAAACCUUCCUGUUGUGAGUUCAGAUCCUCUUAAAAAGGAAAAUGAAGGUAGCUGAAGAGCACUAAUUAGUUUUCCAGUUGUUCUUAUUUUAUUUUUUGAAUGAGAUUAAAAUUUUAUCGGCAAAUAUUUGUAUCCCAUUUAUUCGCGAGUGCAGAAAGAAAUAUAAUGGUGUUUUAACCUUACUAGUAACUAUUACUUUGUAUUAUUGUAAGAAAUUUUUGAUGAAUUAUCU